AUUGCAAUGCAAAGUCGCACGGCCGCACCCUGCGCUCCUCCCCAAAACUGAAUUCGCUGCGCUGCGCUUCCCUCGUCGGCCCCGGCCCGUGCGCGGGCGUACCGGCUCUACCUCACAAAAUCCGCCAUGGCUGGCGGUUCGCUCGAGCCAGGCCAAACUCGAGCCGCGCCCAACCAGCGCAAGAGGAAGGCUCCGGCCCCUACCGCAGACGCUGAGGACGAGGCGGAGGCGGAGGAGCUGCAGAGUGUGGAGGAGCUGGAGAGAGAGGUAGCCGAUCUGGACCGCCGCGUCCUCGAACACGUCCGCGGCACCGCCACCCUCCUCUCCGACGCUAUUGUCUCCCGCCUCGACGCGCUCCGCCCGCCCGCUCGCCCUGAAGCUGCAGUUAUCUCGGAAACAUCAGUUACCGAAGACGACCAGGAGCUUGAGAAGAAAGUCAAGAUCCUCAAAUCUAAGAUCGAAGCUAAUAUUGCAGACCUGCCGAAGGUACUUGAAAAAAUAAAUGAAACCGUUGCUCGGUGUGAGAAUUUCACGAAUUUGAAUGUUAAUGUCGAUCCUGUGUUUCGAAGGAAGUUGUAGAGUUUGACACAUCAUGCAUGAGACUGGCUGAUUCAGUAUUAUGUGUUUAGGUGUAUUUGAUCAGAAAACAUUUGAUUUGAGUGCUGUAGUUUCGGCGCUGACCAUUUUGUUGCGUGAAAUAUGGUAGCAGUGCUAUGUUUAGGAAGCCAAGUGUAAGUUAAAACUGGAAAAGAGAUCUAUUCAGCAGAAGUAUUUAGUA